AGUAUAUACAAUAUAGACAAUACUUGAAUUUUCACAAAUGAAUCCUGCUGCUGUUAUUUUGUGUUUCUCCCUCGUGUAUGGAACUUGUAAAGGAGCACGGUAUGAGGAGGAUAUCACUAUUAUUGGAGCUGGAAUCGGAGGAACUUACACCGGAUGGAGGCUCAGAAACAAAGGACUUCGGGUUGGAAUUUAUGAAUACUCCGAUAGAGUUGGUGGUAGGAUGUAUACAAGAAGAUUUCCUGAUGCUCCAGAUCUCCCUAUAGAGUUCGGUGCCAUGAGACUUCUACCGGAAGAACAUUUGAGAAUGAUGAAAGCUGGGAAUGAGCUCGGACUCCACUUUGUUCCGUUUAAUGAGGGCCUUGGAAAAAUUCCCAACAGGACAAUCCUGUUCUAUCGAGAUACCCACAUGACAACUUUUGAAUUAGGAGGAACACAUACACCUUACAGUCUAAGACCAGAGGAACUCAGAAACCCCGUGGAUUUAGAACAGUAUCUUUCUGAAACGUAUUCAAAUUAUAAUGGCACUGAUCCAAAGACGGAGCUAUUUACAGCAGUGACGCAUGACGGUGUUCCCUUGUACCAACAGAGUUACAAAGAGUUGAUACAGAAAACCGGGAUCAGCAAAGAGGCCUAUAAUUACAUCAUUGACAGUAGUCUGUUUCACGAUGAUGUCUUUGAUACACAGAGCAUUCUACGAUUCCCCAGGUCACGCAAAAAUACCACACCUCACAUCACCACCAGUAGACUUCCCCCUGUCGUCACUGUGUCCGAAGGAAUGGAUUCAUUUCCAAAAGGUUUUAUGAAGCAAUUUACAUCGUCGAAUCCUUUCAGGCACAGAUAUUUUCGAAACAGACAGCUUGUAAAAAUAUCAAGAUCAAAACGGGGGAAAUUGAAAUUGAAAUUCAAACGAACUCGAACAAUCAAUGGCAAAACCAUACGUACAAAGAGAAGUUUUAAAGUUUACACACGUAACGUUAUACUAGCUCUUCCAAAGGUUCCUUUACAAAACAUCAGGAUGCCUGUGUCCAGCAAUGCUCGAUUCCAAUCGGCGCUCAAUUCGGUGACUGACGUGAAAGCAUCGAAGAUAUUUUUGGUCUAUGACUACGCCUGGUGGCUUUAUGGCCCGAUGAACUUCACAUAUACUCAUUCAGAUCUCCCAUAUAGACAGUCUUUUCACUGGGGAAUAUCCAGAACUGGCAAGGCAAUUCUUCUGAUAUCUUAUGCAGACUUUGAAGAUCCAUUGUUCUGGAGUCAGCUGCAACAGAGAGGAAAAGUUAUAAGCAAAAGGAACGAUGACACUAGGGUAACAGACCAAGUUGUUAAACACGCACAUUACCAGCUUUCUAAAGUUUACAACAUAAAUUUUACGCAUAUUCCUAAACCAGUAGACGGGAUGAUGUUUGUCUGGGAAAUGUACCCUUUCAAGGGAGCAUGGUGUGUAUGGAAGCCGGGAUCGAGGUGGUAUGACAUUAAAAAUUUCCUCACCAAGCCGUUUCUUUUCAACAACAUAUACAUCGUCCAUGGGUACUGGGGAGCGGAAUAUCGUACAUGGGGAGAGGCCACCCUAAAGGCUGCUGAUGACGUAUUAUCUUAUUUCAAACUCUCAUCUUAUCUUACGUAAUUAUCGUGAAUAAAACUCGAGACUUAAACCACAAUUAAUCUGAUGUAAAGAUAUAAUACUAUAAACGUAUACAUUUUAUUUUGACACCUUGAA